CAAGCUCCAACGGUUACGACAGCUCACGUACAGGCUCCAAAGCGGAGAAGGUCAAACGAUGGCACAUUUGUACCCGUCUGCAGAUCACCAGAUCCCGGAGUAGCGACACCACGAGUCAGACACCUUGCUCCUGAGUCCUCACCAUUGACAGAGCUUGCAUCGUCAAACAUGCCGACGACGCCCACUCCGGGGAUUAGCAUCGAUUACCAGUCAGCACUCCUCGCACUCUCAGAUGACUACAUCAACGCUGCUUACAGCCUGUCUGGCUCCUUGUCAGGUGCAGAAGUGUCCGAGGAACUCUUGGACUCGUACCAAAGUUUGUUGGCCACCGGCAUGGGCUGCCUGGACUCUGUGUUGAAGAACUAUCGCAUUGCUGAUGCCAGGAAGGAGGCACGUAUCCGCUUGAGGUAUGCCAGUCUGCUUUAUGAAGAGACAGAGAACCUUACAGAAGCGGAAGAAUGCCUGAGCAAAGGCAUCACAUUGUGCGAGCGGGCACAUUUGAUAGACCUGAAGUAUGCCAUGCACCAUCUAACAGCCAGAGUCUGGUUCAAGAGCCGCAAAUUCAAGACAGCGAUGAAGACCGCGGAGAGGCUUGCUGCGGAAUCAGAGAAGCUACAUCUUUUACACUGGGUCUACGCAUUCUACUUCCUGCGCGUAUCGUUUGGACUUGAGAUCUCCGAUAAUCACUAUGAGACGGUGUCACUCGUACGAUAUCUCACUGCGGUGUCUGCGGUGGCGACCAGGUAUUCCCAUGUUUCUGUACAAAUACUGGCGUUCACGCUCGAGGCACUUGUACACCUGCGAGCUCGCACACCAGACAGCGUAGAUCUUGCGAAUAGAGCAAUCGCUUCCGCUCGGAUGCAUCAACUCACGCCGGAAAUGGCUGCCAUGCCCCAAGUGCGGAUUCUUCUGGACUGCACGGAUGUCGCAUGCUCACUCGUGCGCUUCGAUCGGAAGCUGUUAGAAACCAAGCUAGAAGCUAUGCACUCGCAAAUGGACCAGAACUCGGCUGAUGCUUCGUGGGCGAAUAGUCAUGGCUGUGCGCUGCGUAUCGACCUCGGUCACAGCAAAGCGUGGGAGGCGGAAAGUGACAGCGGUGGCAUCUUCCAAAGGGCUUCCAAUGGUAACAUCAGUCUGGCCUUUUCAUGGCUCACCAAGUCACAGGCGUACAUUGUGGGCUACCUAGUCACUGGCAUCGCGUCGCUUGACGGCAGCCGAGCGAAUGAGGCGUUGAAAUAUCUAGAUCAGGCUCUCAUCUCGAGCAAGCUUGACUUAAAGGACAUGCCAUUGUCACAGAGCUUCGCUUCGGCACGUCGGCAGAUUCAAAUUUCGUUGCGAGCCACGGCAAGACUGUAUGUUGCCUUUGCAUUUUGCGGGACCUCUAAGUGGGACCAGGCCAAAAAGGCAAUGGUUGCAUACCAGGACCUUGACCUACCUCUGCUCGAAGGGGCGCCCAGUGCGGCGACUGUAACACUAGCGACAUAUCUCAACGCUCUCAUCAAGCAUGCUCUCGGAGAGCUUGAUCCUGCGCUUGAGCUGUAUCGCUCAUCCCCACUCCAAGUCAAACUUCCUGGCGGUGCCAAAGGCGACACAACGCCAGUCGACCUGAUCAAGGUCCUUGCGGCGCUCAACAGUGUUGAAAUCCUGCACCUCCGAGGCAAGCACAAAGAAGCCGAGCUCCUCCUCGACUGGACCGAGCCUUACUGCCGCGUCAUCAUCAAUAGCGCAGGCAGUGAGCACGGCAACAAAGCCAUGGACUCUCUGCUCCACAUACUCAAGGCUGCCGAGUCACGGCGACGCGGUGGGUUGAUCAUUGACACCAAAUCACUUCUCCAGAAGAGUGUUUCUGCCGCUCAGAGCAUCAAUAACAACCAGUUGUUGAUGGUGAUUAUGGGAAUGAUGACCGAAUUAUACUUCAAGAAUAUCGUCGGACAGCAGGCGAUGAGUUCUGGAAAGUCAAGCAGGUCCACUGCGAUGAAGAGCAACAACAAACUCUGGCUGGCGAUAGCCGAUAAGAUGUGUGCCGACACGCUGGAACUCCACGGGAACAAGGCGCAGUCAGAGCAGAUCAGGCAAGAAGCACAACACCACAUGGCAAGUCUGCCGGAGAAAGUGCGGGACGCGUUUCAGGAUGUGAAGAUAAAGUGAUGUAGGCGCAAGGUACCUAACGUGGUGUACUGCUUACCUUAUUUAUUGUACAAGACGUCUAGCGCAAGAUGUCCACGACUCCACGCCGACUUGUCUGCAAAAUACCUUAAUACGAUUGAU